AUGACCGCCCUUGCGGAGACGCGCGGGGAGCUGGAGAAGCGCUUUGAGUCGCUCGUCGAAGAUGCCUACCAGGCGUAUCUUAAAUCGGCAGAGCCGUCCCAAAAGGACUUCAACAACCCUCCCAUCACCUCGGCAAACGCCCUCCUCCGCCUUGUUCGUGACCAAAAUGAAAAUUUUCAAAAUUUCCGCAACCGCGAGCGCAAGCUUAUCGAUGUCGUCGGGAGCCUUCUUAAGCCCAUCGAAGUCAUCGGCGGUAUCGUCGCGGGCGGAGCUGAAGAUGUUUUCCCACCAAGCCAGCAUAUCUUCUCGGCUGUAAUGUACCUUGUGGGUGCCGCCGGCGACGUGUCCGACAUGUACGAUGCGAUACUCAAUCUCUUUGUCCGCCUUCAAGAUUUCACCAUAUUAGCGGCCCUCUUUGAGACUCUCCUCAUAGCUACCGAAGAGGUCAAUCGUGGCAGGGUUAAAGCCUACUUUCGCAAGGUCUUUGGCCGCGAAAGCAAAGUGCCUGAAGCGCUCGCUAAGCUUGAUAGCCUUACAAAGGGCGAGGAGGGCUUGGUCAUGGCCGAGACACUAGCCUCUAUCAAGCGUACCCUCUCUCUGCAGCACCGCCUUGCUGAGGAACUCGAAAGCCUGCACGAUGCGUUCUACGGAAAGCAGAUUCUACGGAAACUCCAAUCCCGAGACGAUAUCAAAACUAUCCCCAGUGCCGUUCGGUCCCUCAUCAACACGCCAUCUACAGCUGAUACACGAAUCCGGAAUAUCUAUCUAUUCUUGGACGGCGUGGACGAGGCAGAGAAACCCGAGGUUGAAGAGCUCCUUUCUCUUCUUGCCGAUCUUCCGGAACGAUACCAGACGACCCGAGUACAGAUAGCCCUCAUUGGCCGGAAUGUACUCACCGAAACAGUUUCGAUUUACCUAGACGAAGAUGGAAGCAGUCGGCAGCUGCGAACGAUCCAGCUCACCCCUGAGAUUUUGGCAGAAGACGUCCGGCUUUACAUCAUCGACGAGGUGCGCCGCUCCCGGGUUUUACGCCGCACCCUCCCUCGGUUCAAGGAGGAGGUAGUCGAGAAAAUGACGAAGCAGGUGGACGGCUUGUUCAUCCUUGCCCGUAUCAUGAUUUCUGAUUUGAACCGCAAGAGUCACCCACGGAUGAUUCUUCAGAGCCUAGCAGAGUUCCCUAGGGAGAUCAACGGAACCCUAUACAAGAUGAUGGAACAAUUGUCCGCUACGCUCUCCGAAGACCACGCGGCGGAUCUAAACGAGGCGCUGAUAUGGGUUGCUUGUGCGGAGCAAACUCUUACUCUCGAGCAGAUGGAGACCAUACUGGAACUCAGAUUUGGGGAUCCGGCUUUUAAUCUAGAGGAAACGCUCCAUAACAUGUCGACCAACGUUAAGGCUAAAACAGGAGGGCCUGCUAUAGGUUUCGACCUAGUGGAAGCCAGGAUCCACGUGCUCAAAACCUGCCUCCACAUUCUUGUCGAGCCAAAGAUGUUUCGAAGAAACCCUCGGAACGGUCCCAUGUGGCAGUACGUGACGUGGUACUGGCAGGAGCACCUUGUCAGUGUCGACAAAUCCCGAGUCUCGCGGAAAGACAAAGAGUACAUUGGAAGAUGUCUUUACAAGCUACUCACCCGCCAACCUAGUAUACUCGACUGGACUCAAGAGGAGGAAAGCCUCAAGCUGUUCACCGACCCUAACAUGGACUGCUUGCAACGAUGGAUGAGCGAUACUGAGGUUCUCAGUGGCCUAGACGAAGAAUCCAGGGACUGGGCCAUUCAUGCAGCGUCUAAACCAGGAGGCUUGGUCGAACGCAUCGGGCGAAUCUAUGCACAAGCUUGGCUUGACCCCAGCUUCGGCCAAUACAUCCCGACGAUGACUUGUUUCCAGAUCGUGCACAGUGUAGCCUACAUCCAAGACGGGCAUACUUGGGAUGAUUCAGAUUUUGAAUGGUCGUCUAUCCCUCCCCGAGUGAGAAUGCGAAGGGCCCUUGGCUGGUCGAAUAUGCCUGAGACAGCCCACUCACUGCGGCGCGUUGGCAGUACAUAUUUGAAUCUUGGACUCCACGAUGAGGCACUCAAGCUCUUCACCCGAGCACUUCCUCUUGAUGGGAACAUGGUUGAGACGUGCGGGCGGAUUGCGUACUGUUACAUGAAGAACCGCCAGUACGACAGGGCAUUGGUCUAUCAUCUCACUUGUGAAGUUCUUGAGAAUCGCCUCAUUUCGUCAAGGAAGUUCACGGCAAGGCGCGAAAUUGACUUUAGUCGAUGGAGGCUAUACACUAACCGACUCCAGAUCGCAAAAUGUCUGGUAAAGCUCAACCGGGUGAUAGAUUCCAUCCCAUACUUUCAGAUGGCGAUCAAGGAUGCCUAUGAACCAGAAAAGUUCGAGCCAGAAGAAGCAUACCUCGACGUCCUUGCGGGGAACAAUCGUCACGAGCUCAUCAUGGAACUACUAGAUAAGAUGGACAGCCUUUCGGGAAGUCAAGUGGGAGAGAGCCGCCUUAUCGACUUCCUCGUCGCACAGGCUUCCGGUACUAGCGACUCAGAGUGGAUUAUACCCAAGACGGCAUGCAUACGGGGCCGGACGGAGACCAUGAUUUCCAGAUAUCAAAUUGCUAUCGACGUUACGGAGCGUAAGCAGGAUACUGGAGCCCAGCUAAACCUUCGGCUCUCCUUGGCAAGUCUGAAAUUCUUUUCCCGGGACUAUAUCGGAGCUCUCGCAGUCCUCGACGAGAUCUCUUCUAUUGGUGGGCAUCCUCGAGGUAGUGUUCUCGUGAGGACACUGUACGCUCUAUCCAUGCGGAGUCGCGCCCAGGUAUACAAGCAGAUGAUCAUAGCCUCUGGUGUGCAGUCGGCCGCUGCUGGCCCCCUUCUUGGAAAGCUCGAGGAGUUGCAGGGGGGCCAAACGAAAAAGGCGCAGAGCCUCCUCUCGGCUAUCAUCAUCGAGAGCAUUGCCAUUCUUAAUGAUGAGGAACCGCAGAAUGAUUCGCAUGCUCUCGAGAAUCUUUCCCGGGCUCUCGUCGCAAUUGGGGACAUUGACGAUGCGAUUGCGCUCUUUCAAUCCACACGUCGUUUUGCGGAUUGGGAGGACAGAGUUCGGAAGAGAUGGGAGAAUGCCGCUGGAUAG